CACAUCACUAGAGUGUUAAAUAACAAGUUGAAGUUUACUUGAGUUGAAUGGUUUUUUUUUUGUUCAAAUCCUAUAUAAUUUUCUAAUGCUACGCAAAUGUUGUGAUCAAAAUUGUGAAUAAUUAUCAAUCCAAAUGUUAAUUGAAAACAGUAGAGAUGCUAGCUUUUGGAGCUGGGAAUAAUUCUUCGGCAUUAGAAGAUUCAGGGGAAGUUAGAAGUGUUUGCGAGAGUGUGUGCAGUGAUGGGUCCAACGCCACAACUACGACGGUCCAAGGAGGUUCCAAUGUCAGGCCUCGGAUGGAUAUUGCUUGUGUUUUGGACGUGACCCAUCCACUUAACCUCUCGCACAGAAGACGAGCCCUAGACGAGGUCCGGAAUGCUAGUGAACUGGUCAACGCUAAUCUGCAUCAUAUUCAUUUUGAGAAGCUAGACUUUGGCGAGACGAGUGUACUAGACACCUUCUACAAUGCGGAUGUGGCCCUUGUGGAUCUCAGUCUGCAGGUGCAGCAGAGCUCUCUACUGUACCACCUCGGUGUGCGCGAGAGCUUCGAUAUGAACAAGAAUGUACUGCUGUACAAUGAUAAUGAUGCCGAUGCUACGCUGAGACUGAAGAUAUCCCUACCGAACUUCCUGUUUGUAUCAUACAAGCUGACCGAUGCGGGCACCUGUGUGACCACCAACCCGGCAGCCGCCAAGUUCAAGGGGGAAGAGGCGGCUGAUCCGAAGCAACACCUCACACUGAGGCUGAAGAAUAUACUCCAAGAUGUUGAAGUGCAGACUAAAGCUCACCUCCAAGAGAAGUUCCUAUCAGACCUCCGGAAAGCGCGAGAGACCUACAACGGUGCAGAACUGGCAAGUGUGCUCCAUGCCAUGCGCAAGAGGCUCGACGACCCAGCCGUCCUGUCUGGAGACACCAUACUCAACAUGCUCAUAUCAUACAGGGAGAUUCAAGACUAUGACGCCAUAGUACAAGUGGUUGAUGAUCUGAAGACUAUUAUGAAUAGAAAGAAUUAUGUUAACAUGCCAGUGAUACGGUUUUUGUACGCUUUUGCUAUGAACAGGAGAAACAAAGAAGGCGAUCGUGAGAAUGCGCUGAAAGUGUGUGUAAAAGCGUUGGAGAAGAAAGAGAACAGAUUUCCCGACAUGCUGUGUCUCUGCGGACGCAUUUACAAAGACAAGUUCGUUGAAUCUCAACAUUCAGACACGGAGAGUCUGAAUAAUGCUAUACAUUGGUACAGACAAGGCUUUGAAGUGCAACCCAAUGAGUAUGCUGGUAUAAAUUUGGCAACACUUCUCGUAAUAGCUGGCAAUGAUUUCAAAAAUUCACAAGAACUUCAACAUAUUGGUAUGGUACUGAACCAUCUCAUAGGCAAGAAGGGUAGUUUAUCCUCUCUAAAGGACUACUGGGAUGUGGCGACAUUCUUCGAGAUCUCAGUGCUAGCGCAAGACUACGUGAAGGCAAUACAAGCGGCAGAAUGCAUGUUCAAACUGAAGCCACCUAACUGGUACCUGAAGUCUACUAUUGGGAACAUUGAAUUGAUUGAUAGAUUUAGAAAAAAGAGUGAGGAUUUCUCCCCCGAGCAACAAGUCUUCCAGUUUUGGAUGGAGUACUUUUUCGAGGCUACCAGUGAAAGCAGUAGUGAUAAUAGUAUCCGUUUUCCAGUAUUAAUAUUAGAGACAACAAAAGUGUUCAUGCCGUCGUACGUGAACGUGAACAUGGGCGCUGAACAGAAGUCGGUGGAGAUCCUCAACCUGUGCAUCGACUCCAUCCGGGGCGAGUGCCGCCAGGUACACCGCUGGCUCUUCACCGCCGACAUGAUACGGAGCUACAGCCUCUACAAACGCGACGAGCGCUGCCUCUUCCUCUACGUGAGCGAGAACUCCGACGACUUCCAGAUGUUUCUCCCCUCGCACGAGUGCCGACAGCGCUUACACGACCUGCUGGGAGAGCUGACCGCCGACCACGAGAAGGUCACCGACCUGGAUACUAGCGGCAUGCAGGACCAACUCAAGUUCGAAUACGAGCUAGACGACAUCAACAAGCGAGUGGUCCUCGGCAAAGGAACAUACGGCAUCGUAUAUGCAGCCAGAGACCUCAACACGCAAGUGCGUAUAGCAGUGAAGGAGAUCCCCGAGAGGAACCUGGGUGAUGUGCAGCCGCUGCAUGAGGAGAUCUUACUGCACUCGCAGCUGAGGCAUCGGAAUAUUGUGCAGUACCUCGGAUCAAUAUCUGAAGACAACUACUUCAAAAUCUUCAUGGAACAAGUGCCUGGAGGAUCUCUAUCGGCUUUGUUGAGAUCCAAGUGGGGACCACUGAAGGAAAACGAGGCCACCAUCGCAUAUUAUACUAAACAGAUUCUUGAAGGUCUAAAAUACCUCCACGACCAGAAAAUCGUGCAUCGCGACAUAAAAGGCGACAACGUGCUAGUGAACACUUACAGCGGGGUCGUCAAGAUAUCCGACUUCGGUACUUCAAAACGGCUGGCCGGCCUGUGUCCGUCUACUGAGACCUUUGCUGGCACACUGCAGUAUAUGGCGCCAGAGGUCAUCGAUAAAGGGCAGAGGGGAUACGGAGCUCCCGCAGACAUUUGGUCCCUGGGAUGCACCGUGGUUGAAAUGGCGACUGGAAAACCUCCCUUCAUCGAACUGGGAUCUCCACAAGCAGCUGUGUUUAAGGUGGGAUACUACAAGAUGCAUCCAGAGAUCCCUAGUGAAAUGACUCCUAAAGCGAAGAGUUUCAUCCUUCGGUGUUUCAUACCGGACCCGGACCAGCGCGCCACCGCCGCCGAACUGUUAGAGGACAGCUUCCUAUGCGAAAAGAAGAAACAAACCAACCGUCUAGGCAGCAGUGUGGACUACAGCAGAAGCAUAUCCGUACCGUCAGACAAAGUAAAGCCGGUUUCACACAAGAAGAUAUCCGAGCCUUGCAUGGCUGGCAACCUGCCCAGUUCUCCGGAAAUCGAGGUCAAAACGAUCCGGUCCAACCCCACAAUCACCCGGACUGCAUCCUCGAUGUUAUCACCGAUUCGCAUUUACCCACCGGACUUGUCCAAUAGCAGUACCAUGCCGAACACGCCGUCUACAGAUGAAAUGGACAGCAACGAUACGUUGUUGAAUAGACGCAGCUCCUCCGGUGGACUACUGUCACCUGAGGUGGACAUGACAAACUUGCCGCGCUCCUCAAUAGACGUGGAAGAUGGCUUCUACCUCCUGAAGAAGGACUCCCAGCGCCGUCUCACUCUCUCUCGCGUGUUGGAGCAGGACGGAGAGAAGAUCUGCUCCAAGUGGAUGUUGAGUAUUGAACAGGACUUCGGGACUACCGUGCUGGCUUUGCACCACCUAGAAAUCCUGCGUUGCGCGCUCAAAGACUACAUAAUGGACCAGAACCGACGGGUCAUUGAACAAGCUAUGACUACCCUCAAGGAAGAACUAGAUUUCGACUCAAAUGCCAUCAACGAACUUCACGCAGCCAUCUACAUGUUCCAAGAAGCCGUGAACGCAGUGUUGAGAAUGCACAGCAUAAAGCCGCAUUGGAUGUUCGCGCUGGAUAAUCUAGUUAGGAAUGCUGUGCAAGCUGCCAUUACUGUUUUGUCGCCUGAACUAGGCGCAAACCUGGCCGGCCAGGAGGGCCGUUGCCGCGGCGGCGUCGAAGCGGAGCCCGCAUCAUCAGGCACUGAGCACGCGACGCCUUCAGCUGUUUCCACCGUCAACUCCACCAGGGAACUGACACUACUGCGACAUGACAAUCACAAACUCCAACAAGAGCUCGUAGAGUGCUAUCAGCAGAACCAGAUGUUGCUGAAAGCGAUGCUGGAGGAGCAGAAGUCUAUGCGGAUGCUGCUCAAAGAAAUGAUGAUAGAUAAGAAGACUCACAGAAGCCCGGAGCCCCCAGAGCAGGAGCCGUGCGGAGAGCUGACGUCCUGGCUGCGGGAGCGCGGCGUCGGCGCCGACAGCAUACGCGAGAUAUGUGCACAGGAGUACACUCUGCAGGACCUGCUGGACCACUGCUCCAGGGAGGACUUGGCCAAACUCAACCUUAAAGGCGGCGUAGAACUGCGAAUCUGGCGCGCAAUACUCGAGCACCGUCUCAACAGCCCUUCCAACCGGCGCUUGCGACGAACAAGCAGCGCUGACACCGACAUGGAUUCCCCUAUGGUGGUGCUAGAAUGCCAGCGAUGUCACAACUCACUGCCAUCCACGGUAACAGAGGAGUCGUGCUCGAAUAAUCCCACAGUGGUCAUCCGCGACCAGGCCAGAGUGAAUGGAGAUGAAAUCGAGUUUUACGGAGAGAACGGAAUAGUCAACCUCUGACAAUUACCGGGAUGGUGCACUCUACAAUGAAAGGUGUAAAAAGCAGGUUACACAAUGCGUCAUUCGUUUCAUAGAACCAAUGUAUUACUAUCGUAAACAAAAUAAUCAACAAAUAUACAAUUUAAAAGACGAUAGAAAUAUCCAUAUAAUAUGUACCUAUGGAGGACAACUUUAUUUUCGUUAUUAUUAUCAAAACGUGUAGGACAUACUUUUUUACAAUGGUGCCUUUUAUCAUACUUGUAUUCUGUAAAAUACUAUUUUAAUGCUAUUUUAGCAUCAUCUAUAUCAUUUUCUUUUUUUUAUAUUGUAAGGUGCUAUUAAAUAGAUUAACACCGCUAAUUAUAAGUCAAACUUAUAAUUUAAAUACCGAUAUUUACUCACCGAUUUACUACUGUUAUUUAAAUAUGAUAUUUAGGUAAGUCCUACCUAAACUUUAUGUAGUGCCAUAACCGUAAACCACUGAAUUAACGAUAUUUCAUAAGUAUGUACAUAGUUUAUUACAAAAAUAUUAUGUUUAAAAGUGAAAGAUAAAACUUAAUUCGUUCUGUUUUAGUUUUGAUCAAAUAUUUUACGAAAUUAAAAAUACUGCUUGCAUUGACAAGUUUUUGUAAAUAAGAUUUAUAAUAAUGAAGUUCUAAAAUUAUUUUUGUUAAUGUUAAAUGCUUAUACGAAUUACGCAGUUCAUGAUCAUGGAUUAUCAACUUAAAUAAAGUACAAAAUUAUCAUUAAAUAGGGUAAAACACUUGUUAACCUUUGAGUAAAGCUCAAAUUGAUUAAUUGUGCCUUCCUAAAUAAAGUAAAAAUACAUGAAGAGUUCACUUACCGAUAUAAAUUCUAAAUAAUCACUGGAAUAACAAAUGGAUAAACUAUCUAUUAAAAAACUGUUAAAAAAAAGUUGUAUAUAGUGAAGGAAUAUUUUUUUUCGUGUAUUUUGCAAAGUUCUAAAAUAUCCAUUGUCUAACACCCUGUAUACUUUGUAAAAUAUAACAUGAUCCUGUGACAGCGGUCAAAUCCGUACAAUUAAUCUGUAAUUUGUUAUUUUUCAACGGAAAACGAACUUUAUUCAUCAGGCAUGGCAUUAAAAUAGCAUGUAUCAAUCAAAUGUCAUAGAACUCAUGCUAUAUUUUACAAAGAAUAUGUAUAUUAAAUCUAGGUUAAAAGAAUAAAUAGUAACUUUCAGUUCAGACAUACAAAUUAAAAUAAUUGUGAUUUAACAUUAUUGUGGUGCCUUUAUUAAAAUGUGAUUUAUUAAUUAGUAAAUAAAUGAGAUUGAGAAUUUAAA